CCCCAGAUAUUUUUCAUUUUUCCUUCCUUUUUCUUUUCUUUUUGGAUUUUUUUUCUACGAUGCUUUUUCUAUUUUGCGAGUGGACAGGACAUAAUGUGCUGGCUAGCGGGGUGGCUAGCUUAGCUAACGUGGAAAUGCUCGUCCCCCAAAGACAAAAACGCUACUUGUUGUUUUUAGAGACUCAACUCUUUGGAUGCCUCUUAGAUACAGUUUCACAUAUUUUUGCAAGCUUGUCUAGCUUUAUUUUUUCUAGUAUUGUGGAUAUUUCUCCUUGCCAGGACUCAUUUCUUUUUGGCACGCUUUUCAGCCAGACGGCCAGAUAACGUUAGCGCUAGCUAACAGCGUCAGAAGCUCUGUUGGUCUGGUAGCCGCAGCAUCUUCCUGAUCGAUGAAUGAUAUAAAUCGCGAGGGGCGAAGGUGAAGGUCAAGACACCAGCCCAAACUGAGCCCAGCCCACAGUGUCAAACAUCAGACGACUGCCCUGCACACAGACGAUAUGGAACGUUCAUCCUCCACCUCCAGCCUGAUGGCCAGCAGCAACGUCACCAACAAAACCGACCAGCGCUCCCUCAACUCUCGGGUCUUCAUCGGCAACCUCAACACCCUGCUGGUCACCAAGGCGGACGUCGAGGCCAUCUUCUCCAAAUAUGGAAAGAUUGUAGGCUGCUCUGUCCACAAGGGCUACGCCUUCGUUCAGUACGCCAACGAGAGGAACGCCCGAUCCGCUGUCACCGGGGAGGACGGGAGGAUGAUUGUGGGACAAGUUCUUGCUUAUGUCUGUCAUUUUUCAGACAUCAACCUGGCUGGAGAACCGAAACCACACAGGUCAAAAACCACCAAGCGUUCAGCUGGAGACAUGUACAGCAGUUCCUCCUUCGACCUUGACUAUGACUUCCAGAGAGAUUAUUAUGACAGAAUGUACUCCUACCCAUCCCGUGUCCCUGCCCCCCCUCCUCCCCUGUCCCGGGCUGUUAUCCCAUCCAAGCGCCCGCGGGUCAGUCUAAGCGGAGGAAGCAGCCGGCGAACCAAAAGCAGCUUCUCUUCAUCCAAGAGCAGUCAGAGAACUUCGUCAUCCAGAACAAUGAGGGUGGAUGAGCUGCAGACCAUCAAGCGCGAGUUGAGCCAGAUUAAAAGCAAAGUAGACGACCUGUUGGAUAGUCUGGAGCGUAUGGAGAAGGAUCACAACAAGAAGUCGGCUAAGAGCAUAAAACCGGAGCCUGGAGAGGUAACUUCACCUCCACACUCCAGCAACAAGAAGGACGACGGACUGAAGAGAGAGAGGGAGAGCCAGGACAUGAAUGACUCGGAUGAAGAGGAGGAGGAGGAGGAGGAAGAAGAGGGAGACCUGCUGGAGGAUGAAGAGGUGAAAAGUCAAGAGAGAGAGGAAGAAGAGGAAGAGGAGGAGGGAGAGCAUGUGGAAGGCGACGAUGAUGAUGCAGACAGCGUGAAUGGUGACGAUGACUCGUAGUUUCGUACUGCAGUGGCGUGCACAGCGUUAUCAGCUUCCAAGGAGCUCGGUCUCCUGUUUUAACACUCACGUUGUAGAUAGAAAACUCAAAAGUACAAACACAAGCAUGGUGCGCACACACUGUCACGUCCCUGAAGAAUUUUCUUUUUUUCCUUUUGUUGUUUAAUUGUUUGGUAUCAUUGUAACAUGAAUAGUUAGCUGUAGGUUUGUGUUUUUACUCGUCUUCGGGAGAAGGCAGGAACAUGGACUGGUAAUGUUCUCAGAGGCGACAGCUCGACGGACAUGUCUUAAUGCGAAGGCGUAAAUUCAGCUUUUAGCUUCUGGUUUCUUUUCUCUUCUGUGAGUCUGUUUGAUCUUGUGUGUCUGUAUGUUAAUGUCAGUUUUUUAUACUUUUCAGUUUAACUGUAAAGAAAUAAAUUGCAAUAAAAUAUUAAAAUGAAA